AGUUACAUAAUGUAAAUAAAAACAUUGCAGCCAGUGUGUUCAGAUUGGUGCGCUGUGCACGAUGUCCCGGAUGGUGCUCGCACCGGAAGAGAAGGGGCAGCUCUCCCAGCCAUCUUGUGGCAGCAUCCAGCGAAUUGUUCGCAUCAAGCCUCGUAGAAUCGGAGGUGAAUCCCGUUGAAGGGGCGCCAUCAUGCCCGGACACCUGCAGGAAGGCUUCGGCUGUGUCGUAACCAACCGGUUCGACCAGUUAUUGGACGAUGAGUCCGACCCGUUUGAGAUCCUAAAAGCGGCGGAAAACAAGAAGAAGGAGGCGGCCGCCGCUGGCUCCAACAAGACCGCAGCUCAAGCCGCGAAGCAGCCGAAGAAGGAGUCACAGAAGGACAGGAAGAACCCGCUGCUGGACAAGAAGGACGAGUCCCAGGCUCCGGUCCCACUGAAGAAAGAAGGUAUCAGGCGAGUGGGCCGAAGACCAGACCAGCAGGGCCAGCCUGGCUCCCAGAACCAGGGGGGGCAGGGUGAAGGGCGACCUGGAGACAAGAGGCCGGACCGGAGACCUCCUCGCGAGCGGCGCUUUGAGAAGCCGACUGAGGACAAGCCUGAGGGAGGUGGAGAGUUCUCCGUGGACAAGCCUUCUGGAGACAGGCCCCCCAGAGGGCGUGGUGGCGGACGGGGUGGGCGCGGUGGAAGAGGACGGGGCAUGGGCCGGGGAGAGGGCUUCGACUCCCGCGGCAAACGAGACUUCGACAGACACAGCGGCAAUGACAAAUCCAAUCAGAAAAUCGAGGAGAAGCGCAGCGGCAGCGGCUCGCACAACUGGGGCGCCGUGAAGGAUGAACCGAGUGAGGCUGAACCGACUGCUGCUCCAGAGACCACCCCCGAGGGAGAGGAGAGCGCACCUGCUGGCUCUGAGAACAAGGAGAACGAGGUCGAAGAGGUGAAGAACGACGGCCCAAAAGAGAUGACCCUGGACGAGUGGAAGGCCAUGCAGGACAAGGAGCGCACCAAGGUGGAGUUCAACAUCCGGAAGCCCAACGAGGGGGCUGACAGCCAGUGGAAGAAAGGAUACGUGCUGCACAAGUCCAAGAGUGAAGACAGGCCUGUGGGGGCUUUGAUCGACGCCGCAGAGACAGAAGUGGAGCCCGCCCCCGUGUUCACCAAGCCGCAGGGCCCCCUCGACGAGUCCAGUGACCACCACUUCCGCAAGCCCGCCAACGACAUCACAUCCCAGCUGGAGAUCAACUUUGGAGACCUGGGCCGCCCCGGCCGCGGGCGUGGGGGGGCUCGUGGAGGCAGGGGAGGCCGUGGGGGAGGAGGAGGUGGAGGUGGAGGAGGUGGUGGUGGUGGAGGAGGUGGAGGAGGAGGUGGAGCUGGUGGAGCUGGAGGGGGUGGCGGCGGCGGCGGCGGCAGGCCGGCACGCGGAGGAGGACGUCCUGAAAAGGCUGGCGGAGUGUCCGUCCCCAACGUGGACGACCCUGAGGCCUUCCCCGCUCUGGCCUGAAGGCCCCCCCUCUUCCACCAGCAGCCCCCCCCCCCCCCCCCAUCAGCCCCUCCGGGCCCCUCCUCUACGAGGCUUGCAUGCUUACCACAUCUUCAAAUAUAUUAAAAAAACAGAGAAAAAAAAAGAUUUGAAAUGACUUAAAAGAGACUGUCAUCCCAUACCACUCGCACCACCAGAGGACUCUAAAUUACCUGUUUUAAAGGAGAACAAAAGACAAAAAAAAGGCGGGGAAAGGACCUCUUGUUACACUGAAGUUUUGUAUUUAGGAACAUGAAAGCAGGGAUGUUUUCAUUCUUUAUUUUUUUCUUUUCAGAGAUGAUACGUACUUCAUUGAUAUUUUUUUGUGCUGCUUAAAUUAAUGCAUUUUUGCAAUUUAGAUUGAAGUGUGUGUAUCUUCCCCCCCCCCCCCUCCCUUCGGAAGCUUUUGUGAUUUUUAUGCCCCUCAUGACUUCAGCUCAGUAUUACGGGGUGAUCUUAGAAAAGACUUUGUACUGGAGUGUUUUCCUCCCAGUAAUACACACUGAUGUGGUAGCACUACAUUACAUAGGAAAUGUGUUAUAUAUAGAUAUAGAUAUAUACUACCAUACUAUUGGAGUAUGGCUUAAACUGCAUUUAAAGUGUCAUCGCUCUGAUUCUGAAUACCCAUCCCCUUUUUUGCAAGGCACAAAUUCUGGAUGGGUAACCAGGCAGUGACUUUAAAAGCUUGGUAUUUUUCUGCUUGUUGUGCAGUGAAGGUAAAUGCCUCUAUUCAAUUUGUUUGAUAGCUUGCCAUUAUUUGGUGCACCAGUGGUUAGUGAUGCUUUGUUCCCCCUGAUCCAGAUGUGCUACCUGUGUUUUCAGGGUGUCCCACGGCCCAAUGUGUAUAUUUUUUUUAGGUUGGUCCUCGUAGGUCAUACAGACUGCUAAUGUUACUUCUGGACCACUAAGCAAAUAUUGUAUUUUUGUUGUUAAGGAUAUGUGUGUGGCUGUGAGUGUGUGUGUGCAAAGAAUGAAUGAGUGAAUUUGACAGCUAGUUACUUAGAAUUGAAGUACUCCUCUCACCUGAGGUAGUUCAUACUGUCUUUUGAGAAGUGAUGGUAAAGAUUUAAAGGCCUGAGUCCA